AAAAAAUAUAUAAACAAUAUAUGUGUUGAAUAAAUAUUAUUUACGCGUCAGACGCAGACGAUUCCGUUUAGUUUCUUGGCAACAACUGGCGCCAGUCAAAGGACCGUUCGACACAACACAAAAUUGUAGCCAUAGCAACAACAAGAACAACAGCAGCAGCAGCAGCAUCAGCAGCAACAGGAACAGUGAGGACAAUAUCAAGUGUAGCAUCAAAUGUGGUUAGAGCUAAAACAAAAUGUGGAAAAUAAAACACGCAACUGUGGGUACAGCAGAAGUUGGUCCAUUGAAAACCUAAAUGCCAUAAACUGAAAUACAAAUACAAAUACAAAUACAAAAAAAAAGUGCAAAAAGCAUCAACAAAACAACAGACGCAACGGAAACGGAAGUGGAAGUGGUAGCGCUCUUAAAACAGAAAGUGGCCUGAACACAAGUUUAUAAAAGGUCACGCACAGCAGCAGCAGCAGCAGCCAAAGCAGAAGCAGCAACAAUAGCAACCACACACUAGCAACAACAACUUGAAAGCAGAAGAAGAAAAGCUGUUGACAAACAACGUGCGACUUUGUGGCAUCCCCAAACUUACGCUGGCAACAUGUACGCUGCGCUAAUGGACAUAAGCCAGGCAGUGGCCGCCGGUUUGGCAUAUGCGCCGCUGGAAGCCACUGAAGCAGUCUCCAGUUUGGUUGGCUUCAACAUCAGCAGCCAAGCUGGCAAUGGCAGCAGUCAGGCCGGAUCGACAACGACGACAACACCAACAGUUGUCGCCGCUGCUCAUAACGUCAGCGGCGAACCGUAUACCAAAGUACUAGAUCGGCCGGAGACAUGGAUUGUUGCCGUACUCUUUACGCUCAUUUUCAUCGUUGGCGUGCUGGGCAACGGCACACUGGUCAUCAUAUUCUUUCGGCAUCGCUCCAUGCGCAACAUACCCAACACCUAUAUUCUCUCGCUGGCUCUGGCUGACUUGCUGGUGAUUUUGGUCUGCGUGCCAGUCGCCAUAAUUGUCUAUACGCAGGAAAGUUGGCCCUUCGAGCGCAACAUGUGCCGCAUUACCGAAUUCUUCAAGGACAUCUCCAUUGGCGUCAGCGUCUUUACGCUUACCGCGCUCUCCGGCGAACGUUAUUGCGCCAUUGUUAAUCCGCUGCGAAAACUUCAGACCAAGCCGUUAACCGUCUUCACGGCCGUGAGUAUCUGGAUUCUGGCCAUACUCUUGGGCAUGCCAUCGUUUCUAGUGUCUUACCUUCACACCUAUAACUUACCCACACCCGAGGGCAACAUGACUAUUUACGUCUGCACACCAUAUUAUUCGAUGGAUUAUGCAAAAUACAUGGUUGUGGCAAAGGCAUCAAUUUACUAUCUGCUGCCGUUGUCCAUCAUUGGCGCUCUAUAUAUCCUGAUGGCGCAGCGACUGCACAUCAGCGCCCGCGACAUGCCCGGCGAGCAGUUGAGCAUGCAGAGCCGCAGUCAGGCGCGCGCCCGUCGUCAUGUUGCCCGCAUGGUGGUGGCCUUCGUUGUGGUGUUCUUCAUCUGCUUCUUUCCCUACCAUGUUUUUGAGCUGUGGUAUCACUUCUAUCCCACGGCCGAGGAGGACUUCGAUGACUUUUGGCACGUGCUGCGCAUCGUCGGCUUCUGCACCAGCUUUCUGAAUUCGUGCGUUAAUCCUGUGGCGCUGUAUUGUGUGUCCGGCGUGUUUCGUCAGCACUUCAACCGUUAUCUCUGUUGCAUUUGCGUCAAACGACAGCCACAUCUGAGGCAGCAUUCAACUGCCACCGGGAUUAUGGAUACCAGUGUUACCUCAAUGCGUCGCUCCACUUACGUCGGCGCUGGUGGGGGCAAUCCGCGUGCCUCGCUGCAUAAGAACAACAAUCAUGGUGUAGGCAGCGGGGCUGGUGGCAUUGGAGGUGGCCGUGGCAGCAGCUUUCAUCGUCAGGACUCAUUGGCGCUGCAACAUGGCAGCAAUGGGCACGGCCACAAUUCGAGCGGCAGUGUGGGACGCGCCAGCAUUAUCAACGAGAAAAGGUGAGGCACGUUGAUUGUGGAGCUGCUGGAGGAGGAUGCAAUGCUGCCGCAUGCCGACGACCAGCUCUAAAGAUACCCAAACAGAUCUCUCUUGCCACACACAUUUGUGUGUGUGUGUGUUGCCCUUUGCACCUGCACUCAACAGCAGACACAGAUACUUAUUAAGCAGGCCAAGUCUAAUUGGCAGUAAUUGUGCCCUAGGCUUUGCUGUUGCCACAAUUUGUGGCACUUGCCCUAGUACGUGGCCAGUUCGAAGCUUUAAGCUCUCACUCUCCUCCAACUAGGCGUAUUAACGAGGCUCAUAAACUGUUGUGUGGCAAUGAUUGUAAACUACAACUAAGCACUAGAUGUUGUCUAAACUUAAGUGUGCAAGUCGUAAAAGAAAACACUUAGGUUUUCCCAAGAAUUUUCCGCUAAGCCUGUGUAGUCCUUAAUCUACUUAAGCUGCCCAACCUCAAAAGAAAUGUAAAUACAGCAAAAGCUAGUCUCAACUACUAAACUCUACUCUACCUUGCUCUAUGUGAUGUGUUUAAUUAAGUAUUUAGCUUUAAGCGCACUUACUAAAAUUAUUUUAACUAACUGUAAUCCCAUAAAUUUUUACUGUUGAUCACAA